AUGGCGAAAGUGAUGGAUUUUAACUUAGUGCUCAUGGGUGCUGUGCUUUUGUCUGUACUGUAUCUUUGGACGACAACAGAAGCGGAGGAUCUCUAUGUUAACACGACCAUUCUCUAUAGUGCGAUUGCUAAAGGAGCAGUAUGCUUGGAUGGAAGUGCACCUGCAUUCCAUUUUUAUCCGGGAACUAGUUCAGGAGUUUAUAGUUGGGUCAUUCACCUUCAGGGUGGGGGCUGGUGUGAAACUACUUCUGACUGUCAAAAUCGCGCACGUUCGGACUUAUCUUCGAAACAUGCACCAAUUGUAGCUCAUUUUAGUGGAGUUCUAAGCAAUGAUCCUCAAGUAAAUCCAGACUUUUACAAUUGGAACCUAGUCAAGAUCAGAUGUUGUGAUGGGUCAUCAUAUACUGGCGAUAUUGAAGAAGUUGAUCCAGAUACUAACCUCCACUAUAGAGGAGCAAGAAUUUUUGAGGCAAUUAUGGAGGAAUUACUAUAUCGUAAAGGGAUGAUAUAUGCUCAAAAUGCUAUCCUUAGUGGAACUUCAGCAGGAGGGUUGGGUGCAAUCCUACAUUGUGACAAAUUCAGAUAUUUUUUUCCAUUGACUGUUAGAGUGAAGUGCAUUUCUGAUGCUGCUUUUUUUUUGAAUGUAAAAACUAUAACUGGGGAGCCACAAAUUGAAGAGUAUUACAAGAGAGUUGUUGCUUUGCAUGGAUCUGCCAAGAACCUACCACUCUCGUGCACCUUGAGCUUAAACGACCCAAGUUUGUGCUUCUUCCCUCAGUAUGCAGCACAACAUACUUACACACCCCUUUUCAUAAUUAAUUCGGCCUAUGAUGCUUUUCAGAUAAACCACAGUUUGAUUCCUUCAGAAGCUGACCCUCAACAUGUUUGGGAUUAUUGCAAGGGAAAUUUAAAUAGUUGUUCACCUAGUCAACUGCAAACUAUCCAAGAUUUUAGGUUGACAUUUUUAGAGGCGUUGAACGAACUAGGACCAAGUACAACAAGAGGAUAUUUCAUUUCCUCUUGCCAUUCCCACCAUGGCAUUGAAAUACAAAGCUACUGGUCCUACACUAACUCUCCAACAUUAGCUAACAAGACUAUCGCUGAAGCAGUUGGAGGCUGGUUUUUUGAUAGGAGUGGGUUUCAAGGGGAUGGCCCAGCUGUGCUAGGAAAAAGAAUAGAAAAAGCAUCUGACUACUUCAUGCAUGCUCCACUUGGCUCAGAGGGAUAUAGCUCAGUUGGUAGAGCUCCGCUCUUGCAAUUGGGUCGUUGCAAUUACGGGUUGGAUGUCUAA